AUGUGCUCAUUCCUUUAUCUGCAAAAUGCUGAUAUAUUCAACAGUCGAGCUUUUUUCAUCAUCAAGCAUCGACAAACUGAUGAUUUUGCUGAUGCUGAUGAUGAUGUUGAGAAUGAUGAGAAUAAUAAUAAUGAUGAUGAUGAUGAUGAUGAUGAUGUUGCUGUUGAUGAUGAUAAUAAUGUUGAUGAUGAUUUUGAUGAUUAUGAUGAUGAUAUUGAUGAUGAUGAUGGUGAUGAUGAUGAUGACCAACCUAUGGAACUCAGCAUUUCUUCCUAUCUCUGUCUCAUGCAAUAA